GGCGGGAGCUGACCUCUCGGACCAGCCCAGCCCCGAACUGGAACCUCCGGAGGCCAGGGGUCCCGGGGCCCCGCUGCUCUGAGACCCCAGGGAUCCGCGGGGAGCCCCCGCCCAUGGCGCUGAGCCGCCUGAGGGUGGUUUUCUUCUCCCGAGACCAGAGGCCGAUUCCCAGGGGUGGAGUCCCAGCUGGCGCCCAUGGAUUCUGGCCCCGGGGAGGCAGGUGUGGCUCUGGCCAUCUCCCCACUGGGGCCCAGUGAGAAGUUCCACCUGUUUGUGAGUUACAGCAGCGUGGAUGCCGUGUGGACCCACGGGCUCAUCAGCCGCCUGGAGGCGGACCUCGCGGGGCUGAGGAUCUGCCUGCACGAGCGGGACUUCACCCCGGGGAGGAACGUCCUGGAGAACAUGGCCGAGUGCAUCCAGCAGAGCCAGAAGGUGCUCCUGGUGCUGAGCCAGGACUUCGUGCAGAGCAGGUGGUGCCUCCUGGAGGCCGACCUGUCGCUCUUCGGCUCCUGCCUGGACAGGAAGCCGGUCAUCCCGGUGGUGCUGAGGCCCUGCCGGGUCCCGCUGCACCUCAGCCACCUGACGCACCUGGAGGCGGCAGACAGCCGCUUCUACCCCAAAGUGGUGCAGCUCCUGUGCAUGCCCAACCACCGCCUGGCCCGCUCCCUGCCCGCCUGGCGCCCCGCCGCCUCCCUGUACAGCGGGAAGAGCCUCCUGACCCUGAACUGUGUCAACAGGGACAGUCUGCCCUCGUGGAAGGUGGGCACCUUCAGCACCCUCGGCGUCCCCGACCCCCUGAAGGAGGUGCUGGAGGACCCCGAGGUGUACAAGCAGGCCGUGGGCAUCCUGAACGGGGUGCCGUCCCCCAGGUCCUGCCUCCGCUACCUGGGCUGCAGGGUCACGCUGGGCGUCGUGCUCUUUCUCGUCGCCAUGGCGCUGCUCACCCUGACCAUGAUUAUGGGCUUUCUGGGAAGCUCCCCAGCUCAGCGCUUCUUCUUCGUCUCCGCCACCAUAUUCUUCUGCCCCCUCUUCUUCAUCUUGGGAGUCAACACCCUGUGCUGGUUCAGGAGGUUUUCCAAGAAGAAGAUGCGGGAGCUGGUGCUCAGAGUGGGGGAGGCCAACCUCCUGCUGGCGCCCCACUCGCUGCUGAUGGGCUGCGACACCAUGAACAAGCUGCACUUCGUGUACGUGCUGCUGGGCGACUGCAGACGGGUCUUCCUGGAGGCCGCGGAGGGCGCGGGCGAGGGCGAGGCCCUGUUCCGGGAGGCCCUGCUGCAGUUCUCCUGCAGCUACGCCUGCUGCGUGGCCCACGCGUACUUCCCCGCCUGUGAGGAGGCACACAGGGCCCGCGGCCACCUCGAGCUGGGCCUGUGCUUCUGCCAGUUUGUGGCCCUGCAGCUGAAGGCACGCGAGGGUCACGGGGUCAGCCCUGUGUGACGGCAGUGCCCUUUGCUGGACAUCCGGCUGCCCCUCAGCUGGCCUCGCGGGCAAGGCCUCGAUGAGGUGCACAGGGGACCGUCUCCUCUGGCCAAGACCUCCGCCCGCGGGCCCCACACCAGCCCGACGGCCCCACGGCCUGCUCUGAAGGCGGAGGAAGCUGGGGAGCGUGGCAGGCUGGCCUUGUGACCCCAGGGGCCCUUAGGACACAGCCUGCUCCUCCCAAGGAAAGGCCCACUGCCUCUCUCUGGACGGCUGCUCAGUGUCCAGGCCCAGGACAGAGCCUGCUGGCUUGCUGUGCCCCACCCUGAGCGGCUCCUCCAGGCACCUGCCCCUCACUCUGGGGCACGGAGCGCGGAGGAGGGCCAGGCCGACCGCGAGGACCCGGGGCCCUCCGUCCUUCACCGCCAGGGCGCUGGACACAGACACACACACUGCGCUCGCACUGUCUACCCCAAGAGCCUGUGCGGCAGCCACGGCCGUCAUUGGCUGGACACCAGGAGGCCCACACACCUCCGCGCGGACACCCAUCACCCAUCGGACCUGGGGCUGCAGUGCCACCUGCUGGUGCCGUGUCCGCCGAGGGCAGAGAGCAGUGCCUGCCUUAGACGCUCUUCCCAACGAGAACGAGAGGCGUCUGCAGACAAGAACAUGGAAAAUGUGAACUGGUUCUGGAACUGGGGGCACGACACUAGCGUCCUGGCCAAGCCGCACAUCUGCCCCGUGUCCAGCUUAUGUCUGCAGACCCUGCGCCCCAGCGGCGCCCGGGCAGGACUUUGGACGUGAGGAGGGGCCCCGGGGCACUGCCUCAGCCCUUCUGUCUGUAAAAGAGCAGCUGGCAGGUGAUCUCCUGACAGAUUUGAAGUUGGCGCUGGAUGUUCCUGGCACCCCCCAAAGCCCUCCACACACCGCCAGGUGCUGCACUGGUUUGUAGCCUUGAAUCCAUCUUGUGUGACCAGUGGCACCCUCGGGGCCUAAUGCCACCCUUGCCUCUCCCACGAGCGCAGGCCUCAGGCUACAGCCGCCAGAUGACAAGCAAACGAAGUCCCCCAUCUGACUUCCUAGCAACCCUUACAGUCAGCAGUGUGCCUGCCUCCCAGGGCCGCCUCUUCUGUACCCCUUAGAUCAGACCCCCACCCCGCACCGUGGAUCUUCCCCAAACCCCAAUCCUGUGGUUUGAAUUGACCAAUGCAGUCCUAGCUCAGGAACCCCAAAGCACUCCACCCCUAAAUUCGAGGCGGGAGUCCCAGCUCCUGCCCCUGUCCACACCCUGCCUUCACGUGGUCUUUCCCGGCACACAUGCGCUUCCUCCAGGCCUUGUGAGCCAACCAAAUUCUAUUUCAGCUUCUCUUGUGCAACAACGGCAGGUCUUGUGAUCUGCUGCUGAAGCUCAGCUCGCCAUCCAGCAGCCUGUACGCACUAAACACAUGUUCACUGGACACAGAGGCUGGACACCUCUAUCCUGAGCCCAGGACUCCCCGGGAGGGUCCCCCUUGAGAGGAGCAGAAAAGGGAAGGGCUCUGGUCAAGGGGACAGUGUAAGCAAAGGCACAAAGCAGGACCCCAGGUCACAGGAGGAGCUGCCAAGUAGGGGAUGGUCCUGUGACCCCCAGGGCUCAGUUGGUGGCUCUGGGUGCCAGGAUUUUCUUAGGGGCAAUGCUUGGCAUCAGGGGCCAUUCCAAAGGGUCCCAGCAAUGGACCUCAAGAGACCUCAAGUCUCUGCAGUGUCUGAAGCAGGGGACAUAGGCUGGGCCCCUGGCCGAGAAAGAGCCUCCCGGGAACCCCCCGCAGUUGUCUGGGGCGAGGACACAACAGGCCCAUCCGUACCCUCUCUGGGCACAGGCGGCCUCCACGAACACCAAGGGGCCUGCUCCAGGCCACAGCUCCUGCGCCCACUGCGGCCGUGGGUCCACUUGGUGCCCUGAAUGUGGCUGUGCAGGUGGGGGCACGAGCCCUGCAUGCAGCUAGGUCAGCAGCCAGGCCUUUCGAGCCCUGGAUUGCUGGCUGCAGCACAGAAGUUCCCGGGGACAGAGGCUGGGGGCCUGCGGGCUGAGGCCUAGCCGUGUGCACAGGCGCCCACGCGCACACGGCCCCUCCACUCUGUGGGCAAACUGCGUGCUACCAGUGUGUUCCUACCCUGUGGCGCCACGGGGCCCAGAGACAACAGAUGGACAAAAAAGAGAAGUCAAAGUCCUGUCCCUUCAAAAGAACAGGAUAUUUCAAGUCAUGAAAUAACACAUUUGUGAGCACAAUAAAGAAAAAAGGCUUAAAUGAA